AUGAAGAUCUCUACCCUUGCCGUGGUCUCUGCCUUUGCAGUCACUGCCAUCGCUGGACCAGUUCGCCCUGAUGGUAUUGGAAGUGACAAGUACCUUAUUGAGCUCGGCCCAGGAGAGACCCAAUGGGUUACCAAAGACCAGAAACACCAUAUGAGAGCAGCUGGGAAAACCUUUAUUGAUAUCACCGAUGAGUUCGGCAGUGGCUUUACUACGACCGAGGUGGUUCCUGCAAACUACCCAAAGUCUGCUCGUCAUGCUUCCCUUAUCAAGCCCCUGAUCGCAAACCUCUCCAAGGAGAACCUUAUGCGCGAUCUGACUACGCUGACGAAGUUCAACAACCGCUACUAUGAGUCGGACACUGGUGUUGAAUCUGCCACAUGGAUCCUGCAGCAGGUCCAAAAAAUCAUCAAAGAUUCUGGAGUCAAGGGCGCCAAGGUAGAGAAAUUCACGAAUCAAUUCAAGCAAUUCAACAUCAUUGCUACCAUUCCUGGAUCCUCCAAGUCCACCGUCAUCGUUGGUGCUCACCAAGACAGCAUCAACUCAAAGAGCCCCAUGAAAGGACGUGCCCCCGGAGCCGACGAUAACGGAAGUGGAACUGUUGUUAUCCUUGAAGCUUUCCGCAAUAUCCUGAAGUCUAAGGCUAUCCAGGCUGCCAAUGCUACCAACACCUUGGAGUUCCACUGGUAUGCUGGUGAGGAGGGUGGCUUGCUAGGCUCUAACAACAUCUUUAAGAAGUACAAGGCCGAUGGUAGACAGGUCAAGGCCAUGCUCAACCAGGAUCUUACUGGCUUUACUAAUAACGGCAAGCCUGAGCAACUCGGCCUCAUCGCCGAUAACACUAACCAGCAGCUGAAUGAGUUCUGCAAGAUGAUUGUUAAGCAGUACGCUUCGAUCCCAAUCGUUGAGGCAAAGUGCGGCUACGCCUGUUCUGACCAUGCUUCCGCCCACCGAAAUGGCUUCCCAGCAUCUUUCGUUGCUGAGACUUCCUACCGAAACACCAACCCAUACCUCCACACCGAUGGCGAUGUCAUUGCCAACUUGAACUUUAACCACAUGUUGGAGCAUGCUAAGGUCGUUCUUGGAUUCAUGGGCGAGCUCGCCAUGGCCCCCAACUUGUAA